AUGGCUGAAGCGAACACCUUCGGUACUCUCCAGUUCUCGGAAGGGGUGGACGACUGGGCAUUGGAUGGUGGCACUGAAGCGGCGAAGAUGUACUACCACGCAUUUGAGUCCAGUCGCAACUCGCCUUUAGCGCUCAGCGAAGCCCAGGAACGCCUCAAGGAUCUGCUCGAAGGCCAAUUGCAGGCCCUUGUGCCGGUCAUUAAGCUUCGGCAUCGGCACGUGGCUUUGAGAGAGGUGACCACCAUGAUCGACGGCAUCACCGCCGAGUUGCAGCGCAAGAGCAUGGAGCAUCAUUUUGCUUUCUGGCAGAUCGGCUUCGUGAGCAGCAUGGUUGGCCUCUUGGUAGCCAGUGGCAAUGCAAACGUCGGACGCGACCCGGUCUUGCAGCCAAUCCACCUGCGGUUGCAUGGCGUGAACCAGCUGUACCCGAGAAUAAACAUCAGGCCAGACGAAAUGUUGGCAGACUUCUGGAAAUCUGCCGCACACAAUGACGAGAAAAGCUUGAAGGCCGCUCUCCGUAAGGUCUUGAACAGUCUCCAGAGACCACUGACCGUGCUCAGCAUGUCGGCGGCUCCAUGGAACAAACAUUCCGUCAACCUGUGGGAAAUCCACCAGAACAUCCGGCCGAGGCUGUGGGCGGCAGGAUUCCGUUACAUACCAAUCUGGAUCGAGAACUGCAGGCCAGCCUUCCUAGAGGAGAACAUAGCUUACUAUCGUCCCUCCAUCAUCCAUCUGAGCGGCAAUGAUUCGUCAUCGGGACUCUCCUUUCAAGACGAAUCUGGGAAAACUCAAGUCGUGGACCAGGCUCGUCUCACGGAUAUCCUCCGGGACGCAAAGGUUUCAAUGGGGCUCCGGGCUGUGAUAAUGAAUGCUUGUUACAGCGUCGAGGCGGCGCAGGCCAUCGCCGACGCAGCGGGCUUCUUGAUCGGUACGAAAUUCGGUCUCGACUUUGGCAAUACAAUAGGUUUUACCUCAAACCUCUACCUUGCCUUGGCGCGCGGUUCUUCGGCGAAUGAUGCUUUCAAGGAGGCGAAGGGCCGGACGUCGUAG